UCAGUUACAUACUAAUAAUUAUGUUGUUUGUUUCUGUUUUUCUCUCUCUAGUUCUUAUCUGUGCUGGAAUACCUUCUGGGAUUUUUCAACCAGGUAGUGGGCCACCAUCAGUUGUUGGAAAGGAAACUUCUGGUUCUUUUUCUGCUUGGAACCUCUUGUAUCGUUUGGAUGUUGUUAGCUGCAGUUCUGCAGCUAUACCUCCAUUAAAUCAGAGCUUUACUUACAGUGCCUGGCCAUAUCUCAAUUACUUCACUUGGGAAUUUCGAUGCUAUGCAACACUGGAGCUCCAUGCAUCUGUUCUUGCUGGUAAUAUCAUCACCUUAAGGUCCAAUUCGGAGAAUGGUCGUUAUAAACCACAUGUUCUCGAGUAUUUCCAUAUACAGUGUCCUCCUGGGAGAUUUGCACGAUUCGUUACUGGCAGCAGUUCAAUUGAACUUGAAGGGAGACACUCAAUAGGUGAUCAAAAUAUCUGUCUUGACUAUGUUCAAAUUAAAUUGCUUGCUACUGGUGAAAAGUGUGAGAUCUGUGGUAAUGAAGCACUGACUGAUAACUGUGGUAGCAUUGUGAACAGGACCUAUUCGUACAACACUAGCAAUAUGCUCAUCACUUUUAGAUCUAAUUCCGUUAAACAAGAGCGUGGUUUCAAGAUAAGUAUAGCAUGUAAUGCAAAUGAAAUGGAAGAGGAGGGCAUUGGAGAAUGCCUCAAAACAAGUUCAUCUUUGUCUUGGAAUGAGUACAAGAGAAUGAUACAAUCUCCUAAUUAUAUUGAAUAUACAGAAGCUAUCAGUCAUGUUCCUUAUGAUGCAACAGGAAUAUUGUUUGAUUUUUAUGGUGACUAUCAAUAUAAAAGUCUCAAAGCUCCAGUAAAGUCAUACAAGGGAAUACUGUCUCUGGCAAAAAUAGCACAAAAGAGUUGUGAUGCAUCAACUAGGACUGUUGCAAGAGAGGUACAGGAUCUAUUCCCAUACUCAAUGAGAGAAGAAGUACCUUAUUUUGAAGAACAACCUACUGGAGUUGAGGAACCAAUGCAAAUGGGAGACUUUGAGUUCCAACAAGAUUACAAGAAAUAGAUCAUUAGUAUAACUUUUAGUUUUGGUAGUGAGUAUAUGUUGUACAUUUUGCAACUUUAGGAAAAUACAAACAAACAGUUUUAACUUUUUAGUUUCAAUAUUACUAAAUACAUAAACAAUGUGCAGUCCUAAA